UCGUGCCUGACCCGCCACCACACAUGGCAUUCAUUGGAAAUCCAGGAACGGGAAAGACCACUGUAGCACGAAUGAUGGCCGGUACGUUUGUAGGUUUUGUUAAUUAAACCGUGAAUUAUAAUUGAUGUAAGUGUUAAAUGACUGAGAUUCUGCAUUUACUUGGGUUAACGAAGUCGUCCAAGCUAACGGAAGUGCAGAGGUCAGACUUAAUGGGUCAGUACGUAGGGCAAACGGAAAAAGUGACAAGAUCAGUUAUUGAAAAGAGCAAGGGUGGCGUUUUGUUUGUCGACGAAGCCUACAGACUAACUCCAGGAGACAGCACAAAAGAUUACGGACAGUGUGCUGUAGAAGAACUGAUGAGAGAGAUGGAGAUUCACGAUCCUGUCAUGAUCUUCGCCGUCUAUCCUAAAGAGAUGCAACAAUUUAUUGAUUCCAAUGCAGGUCUUUACAGGCGUAUUCCGUUGGUCCUAAACUUUCCCGACUACUCUAGGGAAGAGCUAGGAAAGAUCUUGCAAUCCGUACUGAUCCAGAACCAAUAUCACGUCGAUGACGACUCAUCAAUUGAAGAGGCAAUCGGCCAGCUACAAGACCAACAGAUUGCCCUUCAUGAAUGCAGGCAUAUGCCAACUAAUGUUUCAAAAGGCCAGAGACAGUCUGAUAAACAGAUUGGACCCUCAUGACUUUAUGUCGACCGACCUAAACAUUUUUUCAAAAACUGAUGUCAUAACUGCCCCCAGGUCAUUGCCUACAAUUCCUGUUGGACGUCUCUAGAUGGGAAGACUGACUCAACUAUACUUUUAUGUUUUAACUUAACAGAUGUAUCAAAGUAGAUAAUGAGUAGUUAUUUACAGCUACAAUAACAUAUAGUGCACAAGUUUUAUUUGAAAUUGUGCACCGUUAAUUAAUUGGUUUUGAGACUAGACAGAUUUUUUGUUGAAUUAGAUAGACUAUAAAUAAAGAUUGGAUAAACAAACAAUAAAUGUUUUU